AUGCUACCACAAAUAAAUGAUGCAAGUAAUCAUAAUGUACCUUCACCGUUAUCCGUAUCCUCAUCAACAUCAUCAUCGAAUGGUGGAAUCAAAAUUCGAAUCAAACUAUCGGCCACUUCAUUAGCAAAACGACGAUCUCAACGACGUCGGAUGAACCCUCAACCACCUAUGCGAACGAGCUCGUUAACAACUACGAUUCUUCAUACCAACAGCCAUGUAAACAACCCUACAUUUGAUAGCAACAAUGACCAACAAAUUGAAAAAUAUUCUCCGAACAAUCUCGUUUUCACGACGACAUCAAAAGCAAAUACCAAAUCGUCAUACUGGACAGUGACUGACCGAGAGCCUGAAUGGUAUAAACUUGCAAUGCCUGCGAAUCUAUCGAUAUCGGAUACCAUCAAACAGAUGGCAUCAUACAGGAAAAUAUCGACAACAUCAGAGCGGAAUACAUCCAGAUCGAAUCAGAAUGAUCAAAUUGGUCAACCAAUAGAUACAACGCAAUUGAUUAUGAAGGCAGUCAUGCAUGAACUAGAUUAUGAUAUUGAUGAUAAUGAUUUGAAAUUUCUUCAUGAACUCAAUAGUCAACAAAAACGGCAAAUAACCGAAGAAGAAUUUGAAAAUGCAAUAAUCAUCUUAGAAUUCUCUACUGCUGAAAAGAUUCGUUCGUAUUUAAAGCAAAAAUCGUGUGAAAACGACGAUAUUGUCUGUGAUAUAUGUCUAUCGCCCGAUGCUGACGAUGGAAAUGAAAUGGUAUUCUGUGAACGUUGUAAUUGUUGUGUUCACCAGAAUUGUUAUGGGAUUCCACAUGUGCCGAGUGGCACAUGGCUCUGCCGGCCAUGUUCGAUUCUACGGCGGCCGUCUUGUAUACUUUGUUCCAAACUUGGCGGACCAAUGAAAUGUACCGCUAGUGGAACAAUCUGGUGUCAUUUGACAUGUGCACUUUGGUUACCUGAGCUGAAAUUUGUCGAUUAUGUAACCAUGGAACCAGUUUUACAUCUAGAUAAGAUAUCUCAUGCACGUUGGUCACUUCGUUGUGUCGUUUGUUCGACAUUAGACGGUGCAUGUGUGCAAUGUGCACAUAAAAAUUGUCGAACACCUUUUCAUGUAACUUGUGGCCUUGCCGCUGGUUAUUUUCUCGAUAUUCAACAAACAACUUCAAAAGAAUCAACAUCAAUGCGUUCACAAUUCAAUGCUUACUGUUUCAAACAUUCAGACGAAGCGCGAAAACGCUCCGAGCAAGACCCAUUGACAUAUUCCUCUCAAAAAAGUAUCGAAGAUGAUUCCUCCUGCUCAUCAUCCUCGUCGUCAUCAUCACCACCCUCGCUAACUCCUCUAACUGUCUAUCAACGUGACCAACUACGAACUGAACAAUGGAUCAACGAAUGUUACAAGAAAUUUUCGACAUUCAUCUCUUCGUCUUAUCUGCACGAAGAAUCUCCUCAGGAUUACGAUGAAAAUCUUUCGAAAAGAAUCUAUGAAUAUUGGAUUAAUAAGCGACAAUUCCAUCGAACAAUGCCGCUAAUCAAACGGAUUGACUUCGUUCUUGAACAGCGUGAAAAUGCCGAACUAUUGAUCGCCCAAAUCAAUACAUGUCUCAAAACGAGACAGACUAUACGUGACCUUCAAAAUCAAUGUAAAACAGUCUUAGAUUCCCAUCCAUCAUCAACAAUUCUCGCUCAACGUUUCGAAUCAUUAAAAAAAACUUUCUCAUCUUCAAGUCCUUCUCAUCGACAACGCUGUCGACGUCGUCACCGUCAAUCAUCAUCAACGUCAUCUACAUUUCAUGGUGAAAAUGACCAUGGAAACGUAAAUGAGUUGAAAGCAGUUAAACGACGUCGUCGGAAACUUUUUUAUUCAACCGAACAAUAUCAAACAAUUGUCAACGCUAAGCGAUGUCGAGUUUCAUUAGAAUCAACUUAUCGAUAUAGUUUACAAUUAAACACGACGUAUCUAAUUCGAACGUUGAACGAUGGACAAAUGAUUUUAUUACCAAAAGAACUUUUCGAACGAAUCUCAGAUAAAAGCAUUUUACCAUCAACAGAUUAUUCGCAAGUAUCCGAUGAUGGCGAAGAUUUGGAAACACCCAAAGAGCCUUCACUAUUUCAAUCGAGCAAAACAUCGUAUGCAUCUCACGGAAACGUUGUCACAUGUGUCACUGGAUCUUUUAAUUAA